AUGCCGCCUCUACUGUCUCCGCCGGCGGGACCGCCGCGCCCCGAAACCCCGCGUGCACCUCGCUCCGACGCCAACAAAGCAGAUCAAACGAGGCUUUGCAUGGCUAUCGGGGAAGAAAUGGACUCGGAGAUGCACCUAUGUGACCUGCAGACUUUCCAAAUGACAUAUCUCCCGUUUGCCCCAAAGCAGCCCGACGUUGAAGCCUGUCUUGAAUUUCUCGUAGGAGUCAACGUUUUAAGCAAAGAUGCCGAUGGUGGCUAUCGCUGGGUAGCCUUCGAAGUGUCGCCAUCCGGGUCUGGUCUAAUCGAGGACGAUACUUUCGUCCCGCUACAAGGCAUUUGCGAGCAAAUUUCCAAUUUCCCACUUGUUCGAGGAGAUUUAGAGAACACUGUUGCAAAUUUUACCUUCAUCCAGACUCCCCGCACCACGAAUCCGUCCGAAAUAAAAGGCUCUGAUCACAAGGUAGACGGCUUCUUCAGACCCACCAAUGUCCAGUUGGCGCAAGACGCAAGAACCCCAACCUCCGCAGUGGCUGCCGGUGCAGAAUUCGAGAAGAAAAAAUCCUUUGAGGCCACGCGCGAUAACCGCCUCAAGAUUGUCGCUGCUGCUAAUCAUGUUAUGAACGAUGAUCCUCGGCGUAUGUUUACCUAUGGUAUAACUAUUGAGGACGAAGACGUUUCUCUGUGGUACUUCUCCAGAUCACAUUCCACAAAAUCUCGCCACUUUGGUUUUAUGACCGAUGUCAAGACUUUCGUUUCAGUACUCCUUUCCUUCAUCUUUGCGACGGAAACCGAGAUUGGCUUCGAUUCGACCAUUUAUCGCGUCGACACUCCCUCUCCCGUCUCCCACGUCUACCAAAUCAAUGAACGAUUCUUCAAGACAGUUCGCACAAUUUCAGAGUAUCGAUCAUUAUGCAUAACUGGCCGGACGACACGCGUUUGGGAGGUAAUAGAAGUAGAAUCGUUCCAAGACCUGACACCCAAGCCCAACGCCCAUCCUAUGGUGCUCAAGGAUGUUUGGCUAGAUGCAACUGCCCUGACAGAAAAGGAGAUACAAGCAAUCCUCUUCAGCGACCUGGAGGUGUUUGGACAGGCGAUGAAAUCUAAGGAUCCCGAACAGUUCACAGGUUUCACGGCGGAAAUGAAGGAUGAAAUCCGACGUUGCCUCGAAGGCGAAGCCUACAAGAAAUACUUUCUCAGCAUUGAAUGUGACUGCCAGGGCCAUACAUCAAGAGCGGUCCCGGCAUCUGCUUACCCUGUGGAUGGCCUUUUCUCUGUUGGCAUUGCAUCAUCUCAGGUUUCCUCGCAGCAGUCACUAGUAUCUGGAGCUGAUCCAUCUCGAUCCCGUGGUGAUCCCCUUCGGCCUAUACACCCCCCUUCAAAGCCCGUCUCACCUGGUGCUGGCGCCCAGCCUCGAAAGUAUGCACCGAAACGGCAGUAUCGUGUUGUGUUCAAGCAGGUCUGCCGUGCCCUGCAUGAUUUGAACGAGCUUCAGCCAACAAUGGACCUAUUGUUGCAAUCUACUACAGCCCUCCAAUUGCUUUAUUGUGCCGGGUGGGUGCACAGAGACAUUAGCUCUGGCAAUUUGCUCUGUUUCGAGGAUGGGGAUGGAGAAGUGCAACUGGUGCUAGGAGAUCUGGAGUAUGCAAAACGGUUUAGUGCUGGGGUUGGGAGCCCUGAUCCCAAAACGGGAACCAGCUAUUUCCUGCCAUAUGAAGUACACGAAGGGCUCUAUAUCCUCUUUCAUCAAAAGCCACAGCCAGUGGCACCUAUUAGGGAAUUUGAACAACAGCGGAGUGUUCCCACUCGCAUUCCCACAUCUGUUCGCCACUCAUUUCAGCAUGACCUCGAAUCCCUCUGGUGGGUGCAGCUGUGGUGUGUCACUGCACGGUUGAAUGCAGCCUCACUGUCAUAUGCCGAGAAGAUCUUCCUGAACACAUAUCGUCCGAGCAUGGACCGGCGAGAUGCAUUCUUGUUUCUAGAUGUCCUUGCUGAAAGCCUCAAAACCUGCCUUCCCACCAAUAUGCACCGGAUGAUCAUAGGCAUGGAUCAUGAACGUCUCAUGCUCAACCAGCAAUAUAUUCAAAGAGAGCAAGAGGAUAAACUCGACGACAUUGCAUCCUAUUCAGAGAUAUAUGCCUCAUUCCGUGAUGAUCAGUCAUUCUUGAAGGAAGUUUGUCCAGCUCUGUCACUGGUACCUGUUCGCCAACCAAUCCCUGUUCGGUCUCCCUCGCAACCAUAG